AUAUGUGAUGAAAAACACUAAUCGUAGUAUCAGGCCCGCUUUCUGUACUGUACGCAAAAUGGUUUCUCUGAAAUUCUUGGCAGUUGCUUGUGUCCUCCUGGUUGCCCAGGCCCAGGCGAGUCCCCAACCCCGACUGAAUAAUGUAGUUGUCGACCUUCUCAAGCGACUCACACUCAGGCUAGAAAAACGUUUCACAGAAAUUCUCGACAUAGCUAACAAACUGGUUACAGACGCCAUUACAGACCCACAAAAAUUCCAACAGGACAUCAUUCAACUUGCAAGCUCUCGUCUUGAUAGCCUUUUAGAGCGUUUUAACGCAAGAUUGGACAAUGUCAAGAAGGCUGGAGACAAAAAUACCGCCAAACUCAUCGACUGUAUGGAGAGUGGCAGAAACCCAGGAAAAAUCGCUGCCCUCAACUUCCUUGGUAGCGUUACAAAAUGCGGAAUACCUCUGAUGGAGCCAUUGUUGAAAUCUGUCGCUGACCUAGGACCUUAUGUGCAAAGCUUGAAAUCCGAUUUAUUCAAGGCCGCGGACGGAAUUCAGUAUUGCGCCGGAAGUGACUCAGAACAAGUACAAUGCGCAAUUGGGGUUUUCAAGAAUUCCCUUAGCGUUGUCCUGCAAACACCACGUGAGGUCUUAGCGAAAAUGGCUGAUGCACUUUCCGAAGCUGUGAAAUUUGUAAGAGCAGCUCAUCCAACAUGCGUCGUUUCCAAUGUGCCGGCAGCUAAAGAAGAAUUCAUCAAAGUAGUCGACAGCGUUGCUUAUUGCAUAAUUCACUAAAACCCACUCAUCACUGAAUACAAUAAUAAAGAGCAGUUUUAAUAAGA